UAUUUCAAAAUCUUUGUUGUUUUGGCUCGUCUUUUUACUAGUUAGCAAACCUGUCUUUGAAUCCAAGUUUUCAUCUAAAUUCUGGGCAUCUAUCAACGUCCAAAACCUUGGUCUUUUUUUGUGUCCGUUUCUCUUUCUUCACUGAAUCUUGGGUUUUCAAAACUAUGUAGUUCUCUGCGUUUUUUCUUUUGUUUUUCUUCAUCUUUCACAAAACCAACCAGAUUCUUAGCUCUAGAUUACAGUAUUAGAAGGAUCUUGAACUGGGUUUUUGUUUGUUUGCUUGUUUGUUUGUUAUUCUCGCAUAAAAGCCACGUCUCUCCAAGUCAUUGCCUUUUUCUUUUUCUCUUUUUUCUCUCUCUUUGUAGUUUUCGGGGUUAAUGAGCUCUUCUGGGUCUUUGAGAAGAAACUGAGAGAAAGAAAGGAAAAAGAAAAUGAGAUCAUUCGCUUCAUUUCAGUUACUGAGUCUGAUAUGUGGAGUUCUUUUUGUCGUUUGUGAAGGAUUUGCAUCUAAAGAAGUUUCGGUUCUUACAAUCUUUAAGGAAGCUAUAUAUGAAGACCCACAUCUGGUUUUGUCUGAUUGGAAUGCUCUAGAUGCGGAUCCUUGUGAUUGGAAUGGCAUUUCUUGCAAUGGGGGUCGAGACCAUGUAAUAAAGAUUAACAUUUCUGGGGCAUCUAUAAGGGGAUUUCUUGCGCCAGAAUUGGGACAACUCAGUUUCUUGCAAGAACUAGUUUUGCAUGGAAACAAGCUGCUUGGAGUCAUUCCUAAGGAAGUGAGCUUGUUAAAGAACCUCAAGGUCUUGGAUUUGGGGAUGAAUGAACUCACGGGUCCGAUUCCUCUCGAGAUUGGGAACUUAUCCAGUGUCGAGAAAAUAAACCUUGAGUCCAAUGGGUUGACCGGCCGUCUACCUCCUGAGCUUGGGAACUUGAAAAACCUCGAGGAGCUUCGGUUGGACAGAAAUAGGCUUCAAGGAACUGUUCCUGCUGGUUCCAAUGCUGAUUAUCCGUCGAGCAUGCAUGGAAUGAUUGCACCAAGCUCAAACGAGACAGGUUUCUGCCGUAAGUUGAAAGUGGGGGAUUUCUCGUACAACUUCUUUGUUGGCAGUAUACCUAAGUGCUUGCAGUAUCUUCCAAACACAAGUUUUCAAGGGAACUGUCUCCAGCAUAAAGAUAUAAAACAGCGCCCUAAAAAGCAAUGUGAUGGUACUUCUCUUAUCAAAGCUCACCCAGAAGCGGACAACUUGAAACACCGGUCGCCUGAAUCCGGACCCAAGCAUCAGCAAGCAUCAAAACCUACCUGGCUUCUGGCGCUAGAAGUAGGAACAGGAGUCAUGGUGGGUUCUGUCUUUCUUGUCGCUCUUCUCACGGCUUUCCAAAGAUGCAAUAGCAAAUCCUCUAUUAUAAUUCCCUGGAAAAAAUCACCCAGUGAGAAGGACAAUGUUGUGGUAUACGUAGAUUCUGAGUUACUGAAAGAUGUAGUUAGAUUCAGCAGACAAGAGCUUGAAGUAGCCUGUGAAGACUUCAGCAACAUAAUUGGUUCCUCACCAGAUAGUUUGGUCUACAAAGGCAACAUGAGAGGUGGACCCGAAAUUGCUGUGAUAUCCCUGUGCAUUAAAGAAGAGAAUUGGACAGGCUUUCUUGAGCUCUAUUAUCAGAGAGAGGUAGCGGAUUUGGCAAGACUAAAUCACGAGAAUACAGGGAAAUUGCUCGGUUAUUGCACGGAGAGCAGUCCCUUUACAAGGAUGCUGGUUUUUGAAUAUGCAUCCAAUGGAACACUAUAUGAGCACCUUCAUUAUGGUGAAGGAUGCCAAUUAUCUUGGACGCGGCGGAUGAAAAUCGGGAUAGGCAUUGCUCGAGGAUUGAAGUAUCUUCACUCGGAACUCGAGCCACCAUUUACCAUAUCAGAGUUGAAUUCUAGUGCUGUAUACCUUACAGAAGAUUUUUCCCCCAAGCUCGUUGACUUCGAAAGCUGGAAGGCAAUUCUUGCAAGGUCGGAAAAGAAUUCAGGAUCUAUUGGCAGCCAAGGUGACAUUUGCCUUCUUCCGAAUUCUCUGGAAGCGCGCCACCUGGACAUUCAAGGCAAUGUUUACGCGUUUGGUGUUCUCUUGUUGGAAAUAAUCAGUGGGAGACCUCCAUACUGCAAGGACAAAGGUGGCUUGGUAGAUUGGGCCAAGGAAUACCUUGAGCUGCCAGAAAUGAUGCCUUAUGUGGUGGAUCCUGAAUUGAAGCAUUUCGGAUAUGACGAUCUCAAGGUCAUAUGUGAGGUCGUGAAUCUUUGCAUAGAUCCAGAUGCAACCAAGCGGCCACGGAUGGAGGUUUUGUGCUACAUGCUGGAGAGCCGAAUUGACACGACAAUCUCGGUUGAGCUUAAGGCGUCUUCGUUGGCAUGGGCUGAGCUCGCACUUUCAUCGUGAUGAAAGUUGAAGAAGCUAACACACUGUAAAGCAGAGAAUUAUACAAUUUUUUUUACUACUUUCUUUACCUGGUCCAGUUCCAAGUUACCCUUUUUCUUUUUUUAUAUUUGUAAAUGCUUUGCGUUGUAGAGAAGAGUUGAAGAGUUUCAUGCACGACAA